UCAUGGACUAUCACUACAAAAUACGAAUGAGGUUAGCCUCGUGCGAGAAGCGUUGUAUUUGUCAUACGUAUUCAUAUCCAUGUAGGCACUACUUCACAAACAUUGUAAUUUGUAAAGAAUUAAAAUGGCGACAAAAAAAUCUAAAGUGGCAACGAAAGGUGCUAAACAGAUAGUAGAUGAAAAUGUUUCCACUUUAAACUUUUAUAGAAAUAUGAUAUUUGGAGCAUUAGGAACAUAUUUUAUCUUCAUGUUAGUUUUUUUUGAAUUUACAACUUUAAUAAUAACAUUAACAAUCUUUUCUGUGAUUGUAUAUGUUGCAAGUUAUCAAUUUAUGAUAUACAUGGCACGUGCUACUUAUUUAGAAUCCGGGCAGCUUUUAGAUUCUGGAGUAGAUCUUAAUAUAGAGGGUGGUAUUGGAGAGCAUGUUAAAGACUUGAUUAUAUUAACUUCAGGAGUACAAAUACUUUCACUUAUAUCGAAUUACUUUUGGCUCUUAUGGCUUUUGGUGCCUUUAAGAGGAGGUUGGAUGAUUUGGAAACAAAUAUUGUCUCCAUGGUUUUUCACUUCGCCUCAAGAAGAGCCAGAAGUUAAUGAGAAAAAACAACGAAAGCUAGAAAAGAAAAUGGCAAGAAGACAUUGAGGUCUUACUAUGGUACUAAGUAAAACUGAAAAGCUAUAGAAUUUUCAUUAAUACAAAAUGUGAUUCGUUUUAUUACUAUUGAACAUAAAACUUUCUAAUGAAGAUAAUCGAGUUAUUCCAUUUGCAUUUUAUUUUGAUUAAAUAAAUGAAAUGACUUGAUAAACAAAUUUAUAUUAUUAAUAAAGAAUAAAUUGUUAUAAAUUAAAACAAAUUUCUUUACAAAAUGAUCUCCAUUUGGAGUGUAACAUAAUCGUGUUAGUAUUAUGAAACUGCAAUGAAACUAUGGUUAUAAUUUUUUGCUGUAAAAUUUAUAUAGGUUGAUCCAAAGUAAUUGAUGAUAACUACGGAACUUGUAGUUUCAUGAAUUAUCAAUGAAUUUCAAUUAUUUUUUUUAAUUAAUUAUACAAAUAGAAAACUAUACUUUGCAACACAUUCAAAAUGACCGCCUUUAUAAAAUAUAAUUUUCUAUUUGUUAUUAAAUAAUAAAAAACAAAUAAUAAACUACGUCAAUAAUUCAUGAAGUUACAAACUGUGAAAUUAUUACCGGUUAUUUUGAAUUAUCCUUAUAUAAAUAUUUAUUGAUAAAAAUGAGAAAUUAAAAAAUUGUCUUGGUAUAAAGUUAAUUACUGUUGAUAAUGUAAAAAAAAAGAUGAAAAAAAUUUCUAUUUCAAGUCUAAUCAGACUCAGAUCUAACAUAACUAUUAAAUUAUUUGUUUAUAUUUAUUGCAUUAAAUUUUAUACAUUUUUUGGUGUCAUUUUAAUAUCUCCUAUGUAAAUAAUCAUGAUACACAAUGCAUAUUAUACUACAGUUAUGCUAAUAUAUUAAAUAGUGUACUCCACAAAUAAUUCUUUUUAUACUGCUUAUACAAAGUGUAAGAAGAAGGAUAGUUUAUUAAAGUGAGAGGAAGAAUUUUAUUGAAUAAAAUAUGUUAAAAUUA